UUGUCGUGAAAGAUUUAACGUGUGAGACAAUUAGUACAAUGUUUCCUAUGGAAACAGCCAUGUUCUUGAGAGUCGCAUGUUUAGCUCUUUUACAACUGACAUUUUACAGAGGUUACUCGGCUGAGAAAUGCGAUCACCACAAUGAAUGUCAUUCCUGUAAAGAUCACAACUUUCAAGCCAGAUGUAAUGACGAUUACUGUUAUUGCCAUCCAGUCCAUUGUGAUCCCAGUCCGUGCCUUUCUACGCAGAUCUGUGUAGCAGAAUCAAACGACUACCGUUGCAGUGAGCACUGUAACCUUCAUUGCCCAGUGGGACAGACCUGCAUUACAACCUAUCAAGGCCAGACAUGUAUAGACCCUUGUGUACCAAAUCCGUGUUCAAGUGGAAAGACCUGUGCUCAUACAAACAUAUCCCCAUUCUACGUAUGUGAAGCUCCACACACCACUCAAUCCACUACCAGGCCAACUGAUCCACCGACCACAAAAGAGCCAAGUACAUCCAGAACAACUCACCCAUCGACCACAGAAGCAGCUAGCACAUCGUCGCCUGUACCCACGCCGACACCGCCACAAUCGGAUUGCUCUGAGUUCAACAUCACAUUACAUAGAUGCCUCGACAACUCGGCCUGCUCCAUUCCUAAUGUGCUAAAAGUCAUCUGUCCGGACCCGCAGGAGGCGAAGUAUUGUCCUACGAAAUGUGGAUGUUGCCUAAACCCGUUGAUAGGCUAAGGGAACCAUCGCAACGUCCGACAGAACAGAAAUUUAUCCUCCCUUUCUUUGUUAAUAACAAAUAAAGAAUAUCAUAACACAG